GGAAGCGGAAAGCUGCGCACGGCACGUAGACGAUUCAGAGGCUCGCAGCCAUGCGCGGCUUGGCGGAGCGGCGCCCUAGCGCGCCUGCGGCCCCGUGCGGAUGUGCUCAGCCCUCCCUGGAGACAGGAAAUCUUUUAACUGACCCAAUAGGCUACUUGGAAUCAUGUUUCUCAGCCAAGAAUGGUACUCCAAGGCAGCCUUCCAUUUGUAGCCACUCCAGAGCCUGUUUGAAGAUCAGGAAGAGCAUCUUUAAUAAUCCAGAUCAUUCCUUGAUGGGCCUAGAACAGUUUUCUCAUGUUUGGAUUUUGUUUGUUUUUCACAAAAACGGCCAUUUGAACUACAAAGCAAAAGUGCAGCCGCCUAGGCUGAAUGGGGCAAAGACUGGCGUGUUCUCCACAAGGAGCCCACAUCGCCCUAAUGCAAUAGGACUGACCCUGGCCAAACUGGAGAAGGUGGAAGGUGGCACUGUAUACCUGUCUGGAAUUGACAUGAUACAUGGCACACCUGUGUUAGACAUAAAGCCCUACAUUGCUGACUAUGACUCACCACGGAGCGAGGAGCCUUUGGAGGACUUGAGUGUGCAGAAUAACCACCAUCAGCUGAAACCUGCAUCCCAGUCUGAUGGCACCACUGAUAGUUAUGACCAGCAGCUGCUCUCAGGGUGUGGGAAAGCACAGCACAGCCUUAGCACUGAGGACAAACUGAAACGCCUUGAAGAAAACUCCCAGAAGUCCAGAGAUAGCACAGAAAGCCAGCACACUUUGCCUGAGGACAGAGAGAGAACAAUGGAUUUGAAUCUGGAAUCAAGCAGUAUGGGUAUGGCUGAAGAGCAGCGUGGCCCACAGGAUCUGAAGAGCUUUCUGGAUGAAGGCACAGAUAGAUCAAGGAAUGUGGAAUGUGCCUCGGUCCUGCAGGGGAGCAGCACAGAGAACCGGUCGCCUUCCUGCCGUGCCAGGACAGCUGACAGAGUGUCCUACAGUGUCAUCCCCACCUGGGUGAAGGAGGCCCCUGCAGCCUCUUUACAAGUCCGGUUUACUCCUCAUGCGGAGCUGGACCUGAGGAAGCUCAGUCCAGGAGGUGCUGGUCAGGUGUCAUUCAGAUACUUUGAGUCCACAGAGGAAGCCAAGCGUGCCAUCGAGGCCCUGCUGUCAGCAGACCCUCGAUCUGUGUACCGACGGAAGCUCUGUCAGGACCGCCUUUUUUUCUUCACUGUCGACAUAGCACAUGUCACAUGCUGGUUUGGCGAUGGCUUUGCUGAGGUUCUGCGGAUUAAACUGGCUUCUGAGCCUGUUGAGAUGAGGGACCCUGAGGAGUCGUUGGUGGCUCUGGGGUCUUGAGGAGCCCCACCGUGUUUUUAGACAGCUUAGCUGGAUGUACCUGAUUUUGUCUUUUUACUGCUUUGGUGGUGCUUUUAAAAAUAUUUAUUUGAAGGAAA